UUUUAUAUGUUGAGUCACUGGGUGAGUGAGCGAGGUAAAGAGAGAGAGAGAGGUUGGUCUCUCACUUAACUAACAAAACAGCAGUAGUUCUGCGGGCAUAAACAAAUGCACGACACGCAGGCUUUCUGUCCCUCCACCUGCCGCGAGAGACUCUUUGAUGGUCGGGUAAAUUAGCCGGAUUACCAAGAGUGACACAUGCCCGCGCUCUGCUUCAUUUAACGCGGACCUCCGACAUUAUCUAUGUAUUAUUUUGACUGAAAUAAGACAAAAUGACGGAGCUGAGACGGCGAGGAGGAGGGGACCAGGACAGCGCUGAAAACAUCAGUGACAAGGAAGCAGAUGGAGAUGACAGGCUCGCUUUUCCUGAUGAAGGAGAUGGAGAAAUGGUGGGCGACUCCAAAGCGGAGACGCCUGACGCGCCACCUUCCACAGACAACACUCCACAGUGUCUCAACAAAGCCCUGGAGGGCUUAUCAUCCAGAUGGAAGAACUGGUGGAUAAGAGGGAUAUUGUCAUUGACAAUGAUUAUCGGCUUCUUCCUUAUCAUCUAUUUGGGACCCAUUAUGCUUAUAAUAGUGGUUAUGGGUGUUCAAAUCAAAUGUUUUCAUGAAAUUAUAACCAUAGGCUACAGAGUUUACCAUUCUUAUGAGCUGCCGUGGUUUAGGACUCUUAGCUGGUACUUCUUGAUUUGUGUGAACUACUUCUUUUAUGGAGAGACGGUGGCUGAUUAUUUUGGUGCGCUCGUCCAAAGAGAGGAACCGUUGCAGUUCCUUGUGCGUUAUCAUCGCUUUAUUUCUUUUGCACUGUAUUUGGCAGGUUUCUGCAUGUUUGUACUGAGUUUAGUGAAGAAACAUUACCGCCUGCAGUUUUAUAUGUUUGCUUGGACCCAUGUGACCUUGUUGAUUGUGGUGACUCAGUCACAUCUGGUUAUUCAGAACCUGUUUGAGGGAAUGAUCUGGUUUAUUGUUCCCAUCUCUAUUGUGAUCUGCAAUGACAUCAUGGCCUACCUGUUUGGCUUCUUUUUUGGAAGAACUCCACUGAUUAAGCUCUCCCCAAAGAAGACCUGGGAAGGAUUUAUUGGGGGAUUCUUUGCAACAGUGGUCUUAAGUUUUUUUUUUGCGUACCUGCUCUCUCAGUACCAGUACUUUGUUUGUCCUGUGGAAUAUGACAGUGAGACAAACCGCUUUGCAGUAGAGUGUGAGCCUUCAAAUCUGUUCAUGAUCCAGGAAUACACACUUCCCGCAGUGGUGCAGAAUGCACUAAGAUGGAAAACGGUGAACCUUUACCCGUUUCAGAUCCACAGUAUUGCGCUCUCUUCAUUCGCCUCUCUGAUCGGGCCAUUUGGUGGAUUCUUUGCCAGCGGCUUCAAACGAGCUUUCAAGAUCAAAGACUUUGCAGACACCAUUCCUGGUCAUGGUGGAAUAAUGGAUCGGUUUGACUGUCAGUAUCUGAUGGCGACAUUCGUUCAUGUUUACAUAACAAGUUUUAUCAGAGGGCCGAACCCCAGUAAGGUCUUACAGCAGUUACUCGUCCUGCAACCAGAGCAGCAGCUCGGCAUCUUCAACACACUGCGCAACCAAUUGCGAGAAAAGGGCCUGCUGCCACCUGCUGUAGAGGAAGCCCAAUGACAGACGAAAACAGCUCAAGUGCUGUUAAACUCUGUUAGCAUUCGCCUAUGACUGUGAUCACACACUCCUAACCCUCCGCAGCAGCUCCUGGACAAGAGAGAGUGACGUCCACUGCAAAGCAAACUCGCACAUUCAAUCUAACAGAAGCAUAACAAACACUGGAGGGAAAACGACCACAAGAGGGCGACGCGUUCAGAGCCACUGUGUCAGAUUAAAAACACAUCAACAGACGUUUAAAACAAAAACAUCCAAUCCUGUGGUAAGUGAACGAAUAACACUACAGCAAGGACGCUUCAGUUGGACUGACAUCAUUGAUUUUGAUGGUGAUUCUGGCUCAUAGUGGCAGCUUCAGGUUUUUAAGAUGCCGUAAUUCUCAUGGGUAACAUUUAAAUGUUUAGGGCAAGACACUGCAGGUGAAUAGGGUAUCAAAUAUUCAAGUUAUUACUAAAAACUAUUAUUAGCAAAAACUAAUGAUCAACGCGAUUCUCCAGUUGAUUGAUUACAUGAUGCUAAAAUGCUUUUCUUAUUUAGAGUUUUUGUCUUGUUUCUAUAUCGAACCAUUCUUAAAUCAAGAAACAUUUUCUAGAUGAGAAAUGCCCAAAGCAAGGCCUGCCAGACAAAGUUGGCCCAUGGUAACCUUUCAUUUGGCCCACCCUCCCAUUUAAAAAAGAGAGACAGGACAUUUGCGGUUGUGUUUGACACAGAUUGUUAUUUUGAUUUUAACGUAACCCUUAGUUUUUUUGGUUUUUUUUAUGCUGAGCUACAAAAAAAAAAAACGUACUGAAAUGACAUGUUUCAGUUAAAUGUUGUAAAUGUAGCAGACUUUUAAAUGUAAAACUGGCACUUGACAAAAAGUGAUGACAAGACAUCAGCAAGCAAAUCAGACAAAGGCAGGAGCUGGUCGGCUUGUGUUUUCAGCAUUGAACUCCAUUGUGCUAUAAAUGUGAUUAUGUUUUUACUCUGAUAAGUUCAUUAUAAAAUGUUAACAUGAUACUGCUUUCGUUAUUGAUUUAAAACAUUCAUUGAAAUAUUUGCAGAUAAAUUAGGAAAUGACCCAUGGCAAAUUUGGUGGGAUAUAUUGGGUUUUGUAUAUUAUUCGGCCCACAUGCCUCGAUUAAGUUUGAGGUUUGGCUCUUUAUAAGAGGUUUGGGCACCCCUGUUCUAGACUAAUACAAAUAUUGUUCUGUUUUCAGAUACAAUAUGUCAAAAUGAAGUUUUUCCUUUAAUAAAAGAAUGUGGCAGUGGGUCCAGUCAAAUAAUAUUAUUUCAACCAGAAAACAAGAUUAUUCGACUUCAAUCACUGGCAGAUUAUUCAGCUUGUUUUAAGGAAAAACUCUUGUCUAGAGAAUGCUUCUUGAUUGAGAUUUUUAAUAUUUGGACAAGGAACAAGACAAAAAGCAUGUAGGAAAAGCAUUUUUGCAGUGUAAUAAUUGAGAUAGCAUUUUUUAAUAUUACAUUUUUAUUAUUUAAUAUUUUGUAUUUUAAUGCUACAUUUAAAUAUGCAAAUGAUGGAUUAUUUAAUUAAGUAUGCACCAAUUUGCAUACAUUUGUGUUGAAAUGUAAACAAUGGUUGAAGUCAGGUUCAUAUUUACCCUCUACAUCAUUUUGGAAAUAGUGCAGAAAAAGAAACUCGCACGUAAAAACAGUCAAGUUUGGUGUAUGUACUGUAGGUGCUGCUGAAGUGCAGAUUUCUGUCUACAACAAUUUAUAUCUCCACAUUUCUAGAGAAGAUACUUUAAAAUGAUUAAGCAUAAUUGACAUCUGUAGACACAAACACAUAAAACGCAAGGAAGUAGCACUUGAAAGUGUAUAUUGUAUUUCUGUUUCUUAAUAUCACAUGUAAGAAUCACUUUAUACAAACCCAAAAUGCACAACUUCUUAAAGUUGGAAAUGUAUGAACUACUUUUACCUGAAGCGUCUCGCCUUAAAGGGACAGUUCAACCAAAAAUGAACAUGUCUUCAUUAUUUACUUACACUCAAGUGCUUCCUUCUUUUGUUGAACACAAAAUAAGACAUUGUGAAGAAUGUUGGAAACCAGCAGCCACUGACAUGCAUAGUAGGAAAAUGUAUUUUUCCCAACAUGCUUCAAAAUAUCUUCCUUUGUGUUCAACAGAAGAAAGAAACUGAGUCAGGUUUGAAAGAACCGGAGGACGAGUGAAUGAUGAUUUUCAGUUUUGCUUGAACUAUCUCUUGCACUUUUAUGUGGGUCCUACACUCAAAGCAUAACGAAGCUGAACAGAAGCAUGUCUGCAAGUCCUACUGUUACUGCCUGAAAUAGCCAUGCUCUCUUUCCCCUUCACAUUACUGAGUGUGUUUGCGUGAGCCCUAGAAUAACUCAUUUCCGUCUGUACAUAUCAUCACGUGUGUUAUUGUACAUAGAUAAGAUAUACUAGAUCAUAUAUAUGGAGAUUAUACAGUUAUUGAAGUAAUAUAUAAAUAAGGCUUCAAUUCUAUAUUAUAGGAUGUUAUGAAAUAUGCAAAACGACCUAGACAUGUCUUAUUUUCUUAAGUGCGGCAUGACUAAACCCCUCUCUGGGGGAAGAAAUACUUGAGAAGAUAGUUUUUAGGGGUUGUGGGGUGGUUUGCUGUGUUCCCCUUUAUGAUCAUUGGUUUUAGUUGCACUGUCGAAAGAUUUAGUUAUUGUGAUUUCAUAUUAAUAAAACAACAACAACACUGGUGCUUUGAAGAGAGAAACUAUAUUAGGAAAUGAUUUGAACAGUGAGCUGUUUAUAUGCUUUUCUUUUUAAAAUGUCCUUUCUGUGAUCUUGAUUUGAGCUGCAUUUUUAAACGUCAAUUUGAAUUUUGCUCAAUAUUUACCAAACAAACACGUACCAAAGUACUGGCAAUUUUGCUGUAAAAAACAGCAACAUCACACUGCAAUUAAGAGCUUACAAAACAAGAUUUUAAAUAGUGUAUCAGACUGAUCAGCACUUAUAUGAGGAAAUGAAACCUUUAGUCCUGGUUAUCACAUAUUAUUUAUGUUUUUUUUUAUUCAACAUGCAGCAAAGUGGAUUUGCAAUAACCGUUAAAGUUUUGGACCAGUUAAAAUUGAAAUAUGACUUGAUUCAUUCCCGUCUGCAGUGGGUUUACACCUUUUCUUUCUGUCACGUCUGCUGUAUGUAGAAUGUUGUAUUUGUAGUCAUCUGAAUCCUGUCAGACCAAAAAGCUAAUCGCUUGUUUUGUGGAUGUCAAAAAUGUAUUAUUAGCAAUUUAGGUUUGUAUGAUUUAAUUUAUAACAUUGCCCGAUAUAUUAUAUUGUAGCGUGGCAGAAAAUGGGGUUGAAUUACUUGCUCUUCAUGGAUUGUUUUUGUUUUUAAUAUGGGAAAAUGUAUUUAUGUCUAUGUCUGAUGUUCAAUGAAAAAAACCUUAAUAUUAAGUUUUCAGAGACAAAUGAUGGGCAAUACUGGGAAAAAAGAGAGAAUUACUAUUAUUAUUGCAAUGCUAUUUGGUGAAUAAACUUCACUUUUGACUUCUGAUUUCAA